GGCAACGGAAGGGUGAGGGUGUGUCGCUGGAGCCUCUAUUAUUGAGAGGUGGUACAUUGUGUGGUUCAUAAGUCGUCAGUCGCGUCCUGCUGAAGUAGUUGGAAAAUGUAUUCUCGCGGGACGAGGGCGUGUUUGGUGGUGUUGGCGGGGUUGUGUUCCUGGGUUCUGGCUUUUGAGAGCGCGACGGACGGCGAGGCCCGGGCCCUGCUGGCGGAGUUCGAGGAGGCCGCCGCUAAGGUCUACAACACUGUCAUUCUCAAGACCUGGGCCUUCAACACCAACAUUACCGACCAUAACAGGAAGAUUAAAGAGGAAGGGUCGUUGAUCGUGAGGAAGUUCAAGGAGGAGUGGAACAACAAGGUCCAGGUCUCUCUGCGUAGUGACCUUAGCCCGGAGACCGCCAGAGCCAUGCGUAUGGCAUUUCCAGUCCAAUUAGAUCCAGCGGACUCCAAGAACCUGACAAGUAUCUUGACCUCUCUCUCCACCAUCUACUCCACGGCCACCGUCUGCCUCACACCGAAGAGCUGCGUCAGUUUGGAUCCUGACCUGACCAGGAAGAUGGCGGAGUCCAGGAACUAUGACGAACUCAAAUUUAUCUGGGAGAGCUGGAGGACUAAUGUGUCCAGGAAGAUGCGGCCGCUCUACCUGCAGUACAUGGAGCUUGCCAACAAGAAGGCUGUACUCAAUGAUUACACCGAUUAUGGCGACCAACUUCGUAUGCAUUACGAGACGAAAACGUUCGAGGAGGACAUGCUGAACCUCUACAAAGAGUUGGAUCCUCUCUACCGUCUCAUCCACGCCUUUGUCAGGAAGAGACUUCGCCUCGUCUACCCUCAGAUAAAGGCUCGAGGUCACCUGCCAGCCUGCGUACUGGGGGACAUGUGGGGAAGGUUCUGGACCAGCAUAUUCCCUCUGGUGACGCCGUAUUCUGAGGCGGCGGACAUGGACGUAACCAGCGCCAUGCUUAAACAGAACUACACUGUGAAGCGAAUGUUUACCAUGGGAGAGGAGUUCUUUACGUCCAUGGGGCUCGAGCCUCUUCCAGCCACCUUCUGGGAGAGAUCCAUGCUGGAACGGCCCCAGGAUGGCCGCAAUGUCUCCUGCCACCCCACGGCUUGGGAUUUCAUUGACGGCAAGGAUUUUAGGAUCAAGAUGUGCACCGAGGUCAAUUUUGACCACCUGGCCACUAUCCACCACGAGUUGGGACACAUUCAGUACUUUAUACAGUACGCUCACCAGCCUCUCACUUACAGGGGCGGCGCUAACGAUGGCUUCCACGAAGCCAUCGGGGAGCUGAUGUCCAUGUCUAUGUCCACACGCAAGCACUUGGCCAAGGUCGGUCUUCUGGAGGAUGUUCCCGAGAACACGGAGACAAGUAUAAACUUCCUGUUGCGGACGGCGCUGCUAUCUGUGACGACCUUGCCAUUCCACCUUGUGAAUGACUUGUGGCGCUGGAGGGCCUUCAGGGGCGAGUAUGACUUACGCGACUACAACACUAACUACUGGAAGCUCAAGGAGCAGUACCUGGGGGUGGAGGCACCUGUGAACCGGACGGACGAGGACCUAGAUCCUCCUGCCAUAUUUCACAUCUCUAGCGACUAUGAUAUGAUCCGCUACUUCACCAGGACCAUCCUGCAGUUCCAGUUCCUUGAGAAGCUGUGCGAGGCGGCGGGGCAUGAAGGGCCGCUCCACACCUGUGACUUCUAUGGGUCAAAGGAAGCGGGGAACCUUUUAGCAAAGAUGCUGUCGAUGGGAUCCUCUAAGCCCUGGCAGGAUGUACUGGAGGUUAUGACGGGAGAGCGACACAUGAACCCUCGGCCGCUCCUGCGGUACUUCCAGCCUCUCCAGCAGUGGCUGUUGGAGGACAACAUUAAAGACGGAGAUGGAGUUGGAUGGGGUGACUCCUGGGCCCUCCUCGAUAGUAAGAUCCUCCACAAUCUUCAAUAUGCUGGAGCUAGCGGGAGGCCCACGCUCGCCCAGCAUGCGGCCUCACUGUUCCCGCACGAACUUGUCUCCCUCCAAGUUUACAAUGAGAUGAUGCUAUUGGCUAUAACUCUGUUCACAUACGUGCUACCCCGACCAGGGUUCAGCUGGUACAUGGAUGCUCCAGGGACAGUGCACACCAUUACUGCUCCUGCUGUCACUACUACAAGUACUGUAUUACAUGUUGCUCCAGUGUGGAGUCCAUAUCUAGUCAAACACACAGCAAAGUUAGAAGAAAAGGUUAAAAAUAGUUGGAAAAUAUAUUCUCGCGGGACGAUGACGAGAGUGUGUUUGGUGGUGUUAGUGUGGUUGUGUUCCUGGGUUCUGGCUUUUGAGAGCACGACGGACGGCGAGGCCCGGGCCCUGCUGGCGGAGUUCGAGGAGGCCGCCGCCAAGGCCUACAACACUGUCAAUCUCAAGACCUGGGCCUUCCUCACCAACAUUACCGACCAUAACAGGGAGAUUGCGGUGGAAGAGAUGUUUGUCAUGAGUAAGUUCCAGGAGGAGUGGAACAACAAGGUCCCGUUCUCUCUGCAUCGUGACGUUAGCCCAGAGAUCACCAGAGCCAUGAGUAUGGCAUUUCCAGCCCAAUUAGAUCCAGCGGACUUCAAGAACCUUAAUAGUAUGAUGGCCUCCCUCCACGCCAUGUACUCUACGACCACCGUCUGCCUUACACCGAAGAGCUGCGUUGGUUUACGUCCUGACCUGACCAGGAAGAUGGCGGAGUCCAGGAACUAUGACGAACUCAAAUUUAUCUGGAAGAGCUGGAGGACUAAUGUGUCCAGGAAGAUGCGGCCGCUCUACCUGCAGUUCAUGGAUUUUGUCGACAACUUUAUAUCACAGGAGGUCGAGGAGGACAUACUGAACCUCUACAAAGAGUUGGAUCCUCUCUACCGUCUCGUCCACGCCUUUGUCAGGAAGAGACUUCGCCUCGUCUACCCUCAGAUAAAGGCUCGAGGUCACCUGCCAGCCUGCGUACUAGGGAGCAUGUCGGGAAGUGCCUGGACCAACAUAUUCCCUCUGGUGGAGCCGUAUUCUGAGGCGGCGGACAUGGACGUAACCAGCGCCAUGCUUAAACAGAACUACACUGUGAAGCGAAUGUUUACCAUGGGAGAGGAGUUCUUUACGUCCAUGGGGCUCAAGCCUCUUCCGGCCACCUUCUGGGAGAGAUCCAUGCUGGAACGGCCCCAGGAUGGCCGCAAUGUCUCCUGCCACCCCAUGGCUUUGGAUUUCCGUGACGGCAAGGAUUUUAGGAUCAAGAUGUGCACCGAGGUCAAUUUUGAAAACCUGGCCACUAUCCACCACGAGUUGGGACACAUUCAGUACUUUAUGCAGUACGCUCACCAGCCUUUCAUGUACAGGAACGGCGCUAACGAUGGCUUCCACGAAGCCAUCGGGGAGCUGAUGAUCUUGUCUAUGUCCACACCCAAGCACUUGGCCAAGGUCGGUCUUCUGGAGGAAGUUCCCGAGAACACGGAGACAAAUAUCAACUUCCUGUUGCGGACGGCGCUGCGGUCUGUGCCGAUCCUGCCAUUCAGUCUUGCGAUUGACUUGUGGCGCUCGAAGGUCUUGAGUGGCGACUAUGACUCGCGCGAGUACAACACUCGCUACUGGAAGCUCACGGAGCAGUACCUGGGAGUGGAGGCACCUGUGAGCCGGACGGACGAGGACCUAGAUCCUCUUGCCAUAUUUCACAUCGCUAUCGGCGAUAAUAUGAUCCGUUACUUCAAGAUGACCAUCCUGCAGUUCCAGUUCUUUGAGAAGCUGUGCGAGGCGGCGGGGCAUGAAGGGCCGCUCCACACCUGUGACUUCUAUGGGUCAAAGGAAGCGGGGAACCUUUUAGCAAAGGUACUGUCGAUGGGAUCCUCUAAGCCCUGGGAGGAUGCACUGGAGGUUAUGACGGGAGAGCGACACAUGAACCCUCGGCCGCUCCUGCGCUAUUUCCAGCCUCUCCAGCAGUGGCUGUUGGAGGACAACAUUAAAGACGGAGAUGGAGUUGGAUGGGGUGACUCCUGGGCCCUCCUCAAUAGUUCAGCUGGUACAUGGAUGCUCCAGGGACAGUGCACACCAUUACUGCUCCUGCUGUCACUACUACAAGUACUGUAUUACAUGUUGGUAAGUUACUAACAUAAAUCAACCCGUCCUCCUAAGGUUUCCCAACGUCAGGAAACUGUUGAACAAAAGUGUCCUUAUCCUAACCUACCAGAGGACCCAAAACAAAAUGGGACAGAAUGUCAAUUUUGUGAGCCACUACCAUUUUCUAACAAGACAAUUUUUGGCCUUGGGUGAAGUAUGUCAAAAUGCGAAGUUAUACAGUAUUAGGACUUGUUACAAAUACUACUAAUAUUGUUACAUAUUAAUAAAGGCCUUUCAGCCAAACAGUUGAGAAUAUAUGCUUAAAAUGGUUUUUCUGUGUACUAUCCAUUAAUACAACUAGUACCACUACCA